AUGGCCGACGACGACGAUCCUGUCAUCGCCUCCUACGAUGUCUGCCUGGCCAGUAGCAUCUCCUCUCCUGAUAGGGGUUCCUCCAAGUUGUAUCUCCUCCAGUAUCCCUCCCACCGCCCUUACCACAUACCGUACAGUGCUGCAAUAUCGCAAGCUCCAACUGCCCUUCGUCUCAAAUCCGAAGCUGGCUUCAUAGAAAUCGACGUCCCCAUGUGCACAUACGAUAAUUACAGCGAAGUUGCUGGUGAAAGAUUUGGGAAAGCCAUGGCCGAGAGCCGCACCAUCAAUACCGGAGGCUCAUUUGGGUUGGCUGGUGGCUUUGGAGGGGGCACAACGCAACCGAGACUGAAGGAUAUUCCUAUGCAUGAUCAACAUACCUCACCUGCGCCGUUGCUUGAGACCCAAACACUGGGUGGAAAGAUACCAAAUCCGAGCACCCGCGAUCCUAUCUAUCUGGUAGGGUGCUUCCGCCAAAACCAGAUCCACCUGUCCUACUUAGAUGCUGUGGUGCAAAUGCGGCCCCAAUUUCAUCACAUUGAUGCUGAAGAUGAAUCCAUCCAGAGACGGGCUGCAGGUGCCAGUAAUGCCGGUUCGUCUCGUCCAAAACCUGGCCUGGAGCCGCCGGCACCCAAGGUGGAGUCGAAAGCUAUCGAAAUCAAAAUCAGAGAUACCAAAGAUGAUUCCAAGGAUCGUGCCAUGAAUGACAACGCGCGACAACUGCGGGACAUUCAAAUGGACCAGUGGCAGACUUAUGGGUGGGUGGAUGAGGACGAUCCCCUUGCUAAGACUGUGCUCGAUUCGCGGAUGCGCCUUGUCUCCGAUCCAAUGCACGCUCCCCCUAAACUGCACAGCUGUAUCAGCAACGGUGACUGGUUGGACAGAAUGAGUGCGCCCCGAGAAGAUGGAAAGAAGGGCUUACUGGCCAAGUUACGCGGACGAGAACGAGAGCGAGCUCGUCGGAAGAAGGCCGAAGAAGAGAAACGACAACGGCAGAAGGAGGCGAGCGGGGCGGCGUCAAGCAGUCAUGAUCUGCUGGUCUGCAUGAGCGAGGAUAGCGACUUGAGUAGCCCAGAUAUUACAGACGAUGACCUCCCAGAAGAAGACUUGACAGCGGGAAAGGACGUGGUGGACAAUAUUCAAAUCAAGCAAGAGCCCACUGCUCCUUUCCCAUCGUCCAGACGGAACCUCAUAUCGUCAAGCACAAAGUCCGGCCCGAGCAAUCCUCCAAAAAAGAGAGGACGACCGAGGAAAAAUCCAGCUCCCGACUCAAUCCCCUUUGGAGACUAA